UUUUAUGCUUUCUAUUAGUCGAAUACUGAACUUUGGAACACUUUCCUUCUGUCAUGGACUCCACAAUAUCUUCUUAGGCUAAAGAUUUUAUGAGGACAUCUUUUUAGGAUUGUAGAUUAUUAUUAUUGUCAGCAAUGUAAGCACAUUGUAAGGGAAAAUGUUGCUCUGAAGGAAAGAAGAAGCUCUUAAGACUCAUUAAACACAUGAGGCUCUGACAGAGGCUCAGAAUCCAUUGGCACUCUUUGUCCCAGUGACUGCCGCUGCCACGCUGAUGUGGGUUAGCAACACGAGGUCUCCUUCGGAUCCACGAACCGCACGGCCUGCUGCACAGAACCGCACCGAAUUGCUCAGUGUCUAAAAUGCUACCCUGUGUCUUUGCAACAUCUGGUGCUACAACUCUUGAUAUUUUUCUCUAAAGUUGCUGCCUUUUUAAAACACAUAAAUUUUUUAAAGUAACUUGACAUGCCUACUCUAAAAGGAGUACCAAUAUUCAUAGCUUAAAAUGGAAUGUUAGGAGGGCGGCGAGGGCGGAGCGAGCGGCGAGCGGGCUGCCGAGCCGCCCAUGCACUCGAGGGGGUUGGCGGUGGCCCGAGCGGCGGGAGCCGGCGCGGUUCCGUAUCCUCCGCGGGUGAUGCAGCUGCCCUGCCGCGAGGCUCUGCUCGCCGCCAGCUGACAGCACCCGGGCUGGAGCCGCCCCGGGGCCGUGACCUUGGCGCGGAGGGCAGACUGGUAAUUCUUGCGUCUGAGAGUGGAGCAAGUGUGCGGUGACAUGGCCCAGGGGAAUGAUUAUGGGCAGACCAGCAACGGGGUGGCAGAUGAAUCACCGAACAUGCUGGUGUACAGAAAGAUGGAACAUGUCAUAGCACGCAUGCAAGAUGAAAAAAAUGGGAUUCCUAUUAGAACUGUCAAAAGCUUUCUUUCCAAGGUACCGAGCGUCUUCUCUGGGUCAGACAUUGUUCAGUGGUUAAUAAAGAACUUAACUAUAGAAGACCCAGUGGAGGCGCUCCACUUGGGAACAUUGAUGGCUGCGCAUGGCUACUUCUUUCCAAUCUCAGAUCACGUCCUCACACUGAAGGAUGAUGGCACCUUUUACCGGUUUCAAACAUCCUAUUUUUGGCCAUCAAAUUGUUGGGAGCCGGAAAACACAGACUAUACGGUUUACCUGUGUAAGACAACAAUGCAAAACAAGGCGAGGUUGGAGCUGGCAGACUACGAAGCUGAGAGCCUGGCCAGGCUGCAGAGAGCCUUUGCCCGGAAGUGGGAGUUCAUUUUCAUGCAAGCAGAAGCACAGGCUAAAGUGGACAAGAAGAGGGAUAAGAUCGAAAGGAAGAUCCUUGACAGCCAAGAGAGGGCGUUCUGGGACGUUCACAGGCCUGUGCCUGGAUGUGUAAAUACCACUGAAGUGGACAUUAAGAAGUCAUCCAGAAUGAGAAACCCACACAAAACAUGGAAGUCGGUCUAUGGUUUACAAAAUGGUAUUAGAAGUCACAGCCCCACCCACACAUCCACACCAGAAACUAAACCUCCAACAGAAGAUGAGUUACAACAACAGAUAAAAUAUUGGCAAAUACAGUUAGAUAGACGUAGAUUAAAAAUGUCGAAAGUUGCUGACAGUCUGCUGAGUUACACGGAACAGUAUUUAGAAUAUGACCCAUUUCUUAUGCCACCUGACCCUUCUAAUACAUGGCUGUCUGAUGAUACUGCUUUCUGGGAACUCGAAGCAAGCAAAGAACCAAGCCAGCAGAGGGUAAAGCGAUGGAGUUUUGGCAUGGAUGAAGCACUGAAAGAUCCAGCUGGGAGAGAACAGUUCCUUAAAUUUCUAGAGUCAGAAUUCAGCUCAGAAAACUUAAGAUUCUGGCUGGCCAUGGAGGACCUGAAGAAAAGGCCUAUUAGAGAAGUCCCCUCCUGAGUUCAGGAAAUAUGGCAGGAAUUUCUGGCUCCAGGAGCCCCCAGUGCCGUUAACUUGGAUUCUAAGAGCUACGACAAAACCACGCAGAAUGUGAAGGAGCCUGGACUAUAUACAUUUGAGGAUGCUCAGGAGCACAUUUACAAAUUGAUGAAAAGUGAUUCAUACCCACGUUUUAUAAGAUCCAGUGCCUAUCAGGAACUUCUACAGGCAAAGAAAAAGGGGAAAUCUCUCAUAUCAAAGAGGUUAACAAGCCUCGUUCAGUCUUACUAAAAGGAUCAUCUUGUGGCAUGGACGCAGCCUGGAGUCGUUGGGUAUAACUUUGUAGCUCUUUGUUGUUAACCUGGAGCAGAGGACAUUAGACCAAGAUAUUGCAUGAGCAGAGGAACUGAAUGGUUCUUUCUUUGUGUACAUUAAGGCAUUGCCAUCUCCAAGGAACUCUACCAUCUCAAUGCCUCCAUUUCAAAAUGUUGUCUGCUUACACCCUCACACCCUCCUUGUACUGAGCUGGAUCUGUAUCUUUUCCUUUUUAACAAGUUCAAGUGAAGUAAACUAUUUUUUCCCCCUUUCUCUCUCUCUUAAAUUUUCUGCUAGACACACAGUUCACUUAAAAUUCAGUCAAUCACAAACU